AUGGCAGCAGAUGAAGGUGCACAGGACACCUUACGUCUCCAGUUCAAGGCCAUGCAGGAGAUGCAGCACAAAAGGUUACAGAAGCAGAUGGAGAAACAGAAGGAAAAGGAACUGAGCCUCGAAAUCAAAGUCGAUGACCAAAAAGAGCCCUUGGAGAUUUCCGAUGGCCUCAGCCUUCUCCAACCUGGGGAUCAAAACUUGAAAAACAGCUUUGAGCAGAGGAUGCUUGAAGAUGAGAUUGCACACCUUCGAGAGCAGCUCAGGGAGACGGUGGAUGAAAAUGGGCGAUUGUACAAGCUGCUGAAGGAAAGGGACUUUGAAAUCAAACAUCUCAAAAAGAAAAUAGAAGAGGACAGAUUUGCCUUCACAGGCACAGCCGGUGUGACUGGGGAUGUGAUUGCCACCAAAAUCGUCGAGCUGUCCAAAAAGAACCGGGUGCUGACGGCAGAGUCAGAGGGCGCGAAAAGCAGAGUGAAGCAGCUGAGCAAUCGCGUCCAGGAGCUGGAGCGGGAACUGCAGGCGGCCCUGGCCAGGCUACCAGCCAAGGCGACCACCGAUGCGGGAGCCAAAGCAUCGAGGGCUCAGAUGGGAGACAGAGCCCUGCCAGAGACCCCAGAGGUGAAGGUCUUGCAGGACAGGCUGACGGCCACAAACCUGAAGAUGAGUGACCUCCGCAACCAGAUCCAGUCUGUGAAGCAGGAGCUCCGGAUGGCCCAGAAGGUUUUGACCAGUGAGGUCGGGGAAGAUGUGAAUGUCCAGCAGCUCCUGUCCUCCCCGGGGACCUGGAGGGGCCGGGCUCAACAAAUUCUCGUGUUGCAAAGCAAGGUUCGCGAGCUUGAGAAGCAGCUGGGACAGACCCGAAGCCAGUCUGCAGGAACAUCCCGUGACAAGCCGCCUGUCGGUCCAGACCCAAGGAAGCUGUCGGCACAGGAGAAAAACCUGCUGAGGAUCCGCAGCCUGGAAAGGGAAAAGCAGGAGGGCUGGGAGGUAAUGCAUGUCCAGGGAAGGGGUCAGUUGGGCACGGGGGACCGGGAGAUCCAGAAGGACGGGGAAGGGCUUCCAUCCCGGAAUAAGGUGCUGUCAAGUGAGGUGAAGACCCUCAGGAGCCAGAUGGGGACCCUGGUGGAGAAAGGCCGGCAUGACGACGAGCUCAUCGACGCCCUCAUGGACCAGCUGAAGCAGCUCCAGGAGAUCCUGGGCAGCCUGAGUCUGCAGGAGGAGAAGACCCGGGCGUCGCAGCGCCACCUGGACCAGCAGGUCAACAGUGAGGCUCAGCAGAGCAUCAGCCUCAUCACCCAGCUGCGGGCCAUGGUGGCUGAGCGGGAGGCCAAGGUACAGCAGCUGGAGUUGGAGAUUGGCCAACUCAGUGUGCAGUAUCUUCAGAAUAAAGAAGUGGGCAAGGGCUCCAGUGGGACUGAGGUCAACCCCGCCUACACCAAGUUCCUGGAGGACCCUGGCCAGCCCAAGUCUCCAGCCUCAGCAGGCGAUCACGUUGGCAGGCUUGGAUCUUCUCGCUCCGUGACCAGCCUGGGCCACACGCUGGUGGAAUCUGCUCUCACGUGGCCUUCUCUGCCCAGUCCUCAUGGGGCCUCACCCAGGUUCUCAGACUCCCCUGAACAGAAAGGCUGGCAGGCACAGGUGACAGAGUUCAAGGCCCUCUGGCAGGCCGCUGAAGUGGAGCGUGACCGGCUUACCGAGUUUGUCACUGUCCUGCAGAAACGGGUGGAGGAGAGCAACAGCAAGCUUCUGGAAUCAGAGAAGAAGCUGCAGGAGGAGCGGCAACGCAGCGUGGUGCUGGAGCAACAUCUGGAGAAGAUGCGCCUGGAGACUGGGAGGACGUCAGUCAGUCAGAGAGCAGCCCCCAGGAGCAAAACAGGUCUGCCCACCUCCAGCACCAGGCACAACCCGAACGGGAGUGAAAGGAAGGACCCAUCCUUCACCCAGCUCUCCAAUGUGCCCAUGGAAUCACAGAUGGAGGAGCUGACCACCAGGCUGGCCAUCCAGGUGGAGGAAAACGAGAUGCUGAAGGCUGCCCUGGGCAGUGCCCUGCGUGGGAAGGAGGAGGAUUUCCGAAUGUACCACGAGACCCUGGGCCAGGUGAAAGGGGUCUUUCUGCAGGCCCUGCGGCAGCAGAAGGCGGACACUACUAGGAUGGUGGCCCGGUGUCAGCCUGGCAGGACGGGGCAGCCUUAG